AUUAGAAGACUUGAGCGAUUGACCAUUGUGAAUGGCUCUCACACUUUACACUCUGUUUAAGAGCAAGCCAGGAAUUGCUCUUGCUUAUUACUUGCAUCUGCUCUGCCUCUGCGCACUCUUAGACUCCCAUAACAAAGCCAACUUCUGCCACUUUAUGCAUUGCUCCACCUUGUAAAAUGCGUGCGACUUGAGUUAGUCAGCUAAGGAGUAAAGCUUCCGUCCAUAGUUUCAGACUCUAGUACAUUAUAAGAUACAUGAUAUGAACACGUAUCCGAAACGUAUCAAAUCCAGUGGACUGAAGUACUGGACUCAAGCCAAAACCAAAUCAAUAGUUGUGAUUGGAUCAAAAUCCAGACUUUUCUGGUAAAGUUCGCAGGGUCCAGACACAGUUUGAUUCUUCAUCAGACCCACUGUACCAUCAACGGUUUUUUUUUUUUUCCUCCUCUUCCUGGUUUUGUCUUUCUUUCUUUCUUCUUCAGACCAACUCACCAUGUUCAUCCACGCAUAAAUAUAUACCCAGAAACAGAAACCCACUCCUUAUUUUUGUGAUUUUGGUAUUCGAUCUAAGGAUCCCUGGGUUUGGGUUUGGGUUUGGGUUUUCUGUGCUUGUGGGUUUGGGUUGGCAAUUUGGAUUACAAAUCUGAAGAUUUUGUGUUUGUGUGUUUGGGUUUUCUGUGUUUGUAGUUAUGGUUUGGAGCUUGUGUUGUGAUGGAGGUGAAUUUGUGUGGUUGGAGGUGGCAUUGAUGAUUGUAAAUUUUUUGUUUUUGUGGGUGUAGCUAAUGGUUGGAUUUUCUUUUGGUUGAGAUUUAUUUUUCAUUUUGUGGCCGUUGGUGGAGCUGACAGUGGUGGGUUCUGAGUUUGUGAUGGACUUGGGAGAAUAUGAAAGAGGAAAGAGAAAAUGGACGCAGGUAGCAACUAUAUAUCCAGAUUCUUUCCUUUAAUUUUUGCCGCACGCCACCUGAAUUGAGAUUGAAACAAAGUCUUCAAAAACAGCAAUUAUGAGUUAUCUUGGCUAUCUGCAAGGGAAUAGUGCAAGGAAGGGCGACAUUGAGGGGCAGAGGCAAGUUCUUAAGAAUGGUGGAGGUGAUUCAGUGAAAGAAAAAAAGACUUUGAAGGCAUAUAUUCUUGAUAUUCUUGACCCGAGGGAGAAAUUCCUUAAAAGAUGGAGGGUAGGAUUUGUAUUGUCAUGUAUGACUGCAGUAGCAGUGGAUCCAUUGUUCUUUUACCUUCCUGUGAUCAAUCAAAAGAAGAAGUGCAUUGGGUUUGACGGUAGAUUGUGGAAAACAACUCUCGUUUUGCGAACUUUCUUCGAUAUCAUUCACCUACUGCAUAUUAUAUUGCAAUUUCGCACUGGUUUUAUUGAUGAGGAACUUCGGAAACUGGCAAAACCUGAGUUAAAUACAGAUGCUUGGAAAAUAGCUCAGAAAUAUUUGUGGCCUCGGUUCUUACUCGACAUUCUAACUAUUCUUCCCAUCCCACAGGUGGUAGUUCGAAUUAUUAUUUCAGAAAUGAGAGGCACAGAAUCUACACAUAUAGUGAAAUUCUUGAACGUUGUUGUUCUCUUCCAAUAUGUGCCAAGAGUUUAUCAAAUCUACCUAUCCUGGAGGAAACUAAUAACAAAUGACAAGAAAUUUGAUAGAAUCUUACGGGUCAAAGCUCCAUUGAAUUUCAUUCUAUACAUCCUUGCUGGACAUGUAUUGGGAGCGUUUUGGUAUUUUUCCUCUACUCAACAACUAGCAGCUUGCUGGCACGUAGCGUGUGAUCGAAAUCGUACUAGAUGUUGUGGAACUUCUUUUAACUGUGAUCGUAGUUCUAGAGAUCUCUCUUUUAUAAAUGAUAUUUGCCGAAUAAAUGUCCCAAAUACAACGUCGACCUUUGACUUUGGAAUAUUUUUUCCAGCCCUUCAGUCUGGUGUCUUAGAAUCGCCAGAUUUUCCACAAAAAUUAUUUUUCAGUUUCUGGUGGGGCAUGCGAAAUCUGAGUUCUCUUGGUCAAAACCUCCAAACAAGUAACCAUAUAUGGGAAAACUGCUUUGCACUUUCUAUUUCCAUCUUUGGCUUGAUUCUAUUUCUAUAUUUCUUGGGAAAUUUGCAGAUGUACAUGCAGUGGACAAGAUCAAAAUCCAUAAAAAAAUGGGAUAAGAUACGCAUGAAGAUGAAGUCAAGUCAACGACAAAAACAACAUAAGGGCAUGAUAUCAUGGAUUUCCCAAAAGAAUUUUGAUCGUACAGAAAAAAGCCUUAUUAUGGAAAACAUAAAUCAGAGAUAUGAAGAAGGCGAAGACGUUAAUGUGGAGAACCUGGUCCCCAAUCUUCCAACGGAUCUUCAAACGAAAGUUAAGCGUCAUAUCUGCUUACAGAUACUAAAGAAUCUAAAAAUCAUGAAAGAUAAUGGCUUGGAUGAGCGUACACAACUGUUGCAUAAGAUUUGCGACUCUCUCCAGCCAAAGUUCUACAAUGAGCAUUGCUACAUUGUCAAGGAGGGAGACCCUAUUGAUGCAUUAUUCUUGAUUACAAAUGGCAUUGUAUGGACUUAUACAAGCAAUAAUGGUGAAGGAUCUGACUCUCGACGUGCUGAGCGUCUUGAAAAAGGUCAGCACUUUGGAGGAAAACUUCUUGAAUGGGUUUUGAAACCUACCUCCGACGACAUGCGCAACCUAUCCAUACUUCCUGUUUCUUCAAAAACCCUCAAAACCCACACAAAAGUGGAAGCCUUCGCUCUAAUGGCCCACGACUUCAAAAAAAUAAUGGAGUCUAAGUUCUCACUAUUAGGACCCGAGGAAUUGCAAUCCAAGGCUGCAAUUCGUGUACAACGAAGUUGGCACCAGCAUCGUGCAAAGACGGAUGAUGAUGUUGUUCUAGACAGGGCAGCUUCUCUUUGAAGAGCAGAGAUGAUUUUGAUAAAGACAAUGGAAACGGUGUCGUGUUGAAUCCCAUUUGUCAGGUGCACCGUAUCACUUAAAAUCCUGAGUUUGCAAUCAAGAGAAAAACGCUGUGUUUCAUUUAUUCAGUUAUUUAGCUUUUGAUUUCUGUUUUUCACACGUGUAAUUGGUGGUUAAGUUGUUAAGGGCCUGUUUGGGUAAGGAAUUUUCGUCACUCAAUUUCCAUCACUCAAUUUCCAUCACUUAUCACUCAUCACUCA